AGAUAAGAUGUUCGAAUCUCGAACGUUUGCUUUCCAGGCAUCCGUUUUUCUGCUGUUUGUGGUGGGACCGUCUUGUUUGGUCGUCGGUCGGUCAGUUAACAGGGAAGACGUCGACACUGAAAGUUUAGAAUUGGUCCAUGUCUUAUUCAGACAUGGAGAUAGAACUCCUGACCGAAGAGCCCUUUACAAAAAUGACCCUUAUUAUAACGUGACUUACUUUCCCAUUGGAAAUGGACAACUCACAAAUGCCGGCAAACGUAAAGAAUACAACAUAGGCAAAGAGCUACGUUCCAGAUACUACGAAUUCCUCAGAGACGACAAAUUCACUUUGGAUACAGUAGACGCGAGAUGUACAGACUACAACAGAACCAAAAUGUCGCUGCAGCUAGUUUUGGCCUCACUAUUUCCGCCCAGAGGCAACUACGUUUGGGAGAACCGUCUCGAUUGGCAACCGGUACCAUUCAAUUAUUGGCCUGUUAAAGAGGAUCAUGUUUUGGCUGAUCCUUUGGAAAACUGUCCAAGAUACAACAAACUGUUCUGGAAUUAUUUGAACUCCAGUGAAGGCCGCAAACUAUACGAAAAUUACACUGAAGUUAUUCAAUAUUUGGAACAUCAUACAGGAAGUCCAAUGACUAGUAAAGAUUUUGCUGAUUUAUACUUUACUUUAACAACAGAGAGAGAAAAUGGUUAUGAUCAUCCAGAAUGGGCCAAGCCAAUCUACCACCAUAUCCAAGAUUUAUGUAUCAAAGACUACAAUGUCAGUACGGCAACUCCUGAGCUUAAGAAGUUUGUAGUUGGAUUCCUAGUUAAGAAAAUCAUUGACGACACCUACACAAAAAUCAAAGGAGUAGACAAAGGCACCAAAAUUUAUCUUUAUUCGGCUCACGAGUUUAACGUAGCGAUAUUUUUGAGAUACCUUGAUGUAUUUUAUUCUCACGUACCACCAUAUGGAAGCUAUGUCAUUGUUGAAGUGCAUAAUUAUGGAGGAAUUAGAGGACUCAAAUUCUUCUACCAAGAUUACACUGAAGGCAAACCAAAAAGACUAUCAAUUCCAGGCUGCGGAGGUCAAUUUUGCAAACUGACCACCUUUGUCAGGCUGUUCGAACACAUGUUUCCAGAAACAGAAAAUGAUUGUUUCAAUUUAGAUGGAUUAUUUUAAUAGUUCUAUGAGAUUGUUUGGUAAAAAUCCAUAUUGGAUGGGUACUAGAGAAAUAUAUAUAGGGCCAUUUUUUUUUAAGAAUUUAAGUCCAUUAUCUUCAUGCUAAUUUAUUGAAUCAUAUUUAUUACUACUAGCACUUGUUGAGGAAAUAAAAGCACCAAAAAAGUAAAAGUCAAGAUUAUUUUAAUUUUAACAAAUUGAAGGCAUAAUAAAUAAUAUAAAUAAAUAUAAAUUUAACAGAAAAACAUGAAAACUGCUGCCAAAAUUAGGCAAUAACUGCAACCGCUUUUUCCAGCUGCAAAAUUACCAAAUCCAGCGGAUUCUGCAGUUGAAUUGCCAAUUGGACUAGCUGAUGAUUGUGAUGAUGACGAUGAGGUUGUUGUUGAUUCAGUGGUUUGACGUGAGCCACGAUAAUCUGAAUUUUCUUCUAUCCAUUUCAAAAAAUUAGCUACGUUAGUGUAAACUCCAGGAUAGCCUGGUCUGGCGCAACCCAUUCCGAAACUUACCAGGCCUAUAAGUUUGUUGUUUUGUACUAGAGGACCACCGCUAUCACC